ACUCACUCUCUGCCUCUCCGAGUGUGAGGCGGUCUCUCUUUCUCUCUCUCCUCUGUCUCUCUCCCUGUCUGUCUGUCUUUUCUUUAUCUCUCUGAGAGAUCAGGGUUUCUCUCACUAAAAAGUACAAAGACCUCAGAGGAGCGGGUAUUCACUUUCCAAGAGGAAAGGAAAGGACGUGGUCGGAUUACCAAAAAAUCGCGUCCGAAGUUUCAUCUUUAUGUCAAGUCUCACACGGGAAAAUGGAGCGAAGAGUGUGUAAAUUCUUCUAACCACCAAAGGACUCAUCUUUGAACGAACCAGAGUCUGAUUUUUUUUUGCUUUGAACGGGUCUAUGAGGAUGAACUUGCAGUGGAGCACCCCAGCACCUUGCAUCCGCACCACCGGGAGAGUCGCGCACAAGCGGCUGGACUCAGACGAUCAGCCGCCGGCCAAAUGUGCCAGGCUGAGCGCCGAAGCGGGGGACACACAUGGACUCCUUCUCGGUACCUCACCUGGAUCCCCUGUCAGCCCCGUUUCAAAUCCAAUCCCAGGAACCCACCAGGGUCCAUCCAGGAUAGGACCGUUUCUGCUUCUACCUCUGGCGGACCGAGAGAGCAUGCACAGCGCGAUGAACACGGACACAGGCGAUGAGUUGCUGUGCAAGGUAUGCAUGCGCAAUCUCCCCAUUGUGCAAUUUCUCUGAAUGAAUGGUGUUUCAAGACAGCGCGUUGCUCAACAGCCUGUCUGACAUGUCAUCAGCAUUUAGUCGUCUUUUUUCACCCAAUGUCACUCAAUCUCAUGCAAAAAAUGUGUCACAAUUUUGCGCAACAAUGGUAGUGUUGCUUCAUGAUCUCAAAUCUGAAAGUGUCACCGGGUCUGUGAUUAUUAUGAAUCUGUUACCAUACGUGACAAACGACUCCAACCUUUUUACCUUUGCUGUAUUGUGACAAAUAGCCCAGCUCUCCUUGGCACUGAGGUUUCACACAGUCUGUCAACUCGCCUCAUUUGCAUACACGUCACUGCAAUACGCCACGCCGUGACACACUCAAAAUGCAAACAUGUGAGACAAAGAGACGCUAUCAUGAUGAGGAUGUGCUCUGAUAAGGACAGGGUCUCUCCUCUGUUCCAUAUCCCAUGUGUUUAUUUUGCAUGAAAGACCUGCAGGCGUUUGGCUUUGUUGAUUAAUAAAGUUAAUCACUUCAUGCUUUGGUGAUUCAUUUGUCAUGCUCAUGCACAAAAAAGCAGAGCUGGAUUCAAAGCUGAUCCUACGCCUUUAUUUUAACUCUCUGCCAAAUUUUGCAUGCUUGUUCCUUCUGAUGAUCAUUAAGAACACACUGACCCGUUGCCUCCUCCUCCUCUUCACACACUCUCUCCCUCCCUCCCUCCCUCCCUAAUUUCCAUCCUGCAUCCCUCUCCUCUUCUUCUGUAUCCGUCUUUCUUUCAGGUUUUUGAUAUGGGGGUGUAUCAGGAAAAGAUCAGACCCUACGGGAUCCUACCGCCUCACAAAAAUGUGGCCGGCAUCAGGGACAUCAUCCUGGGGGAGCGCAAGGCCUAUGUGUUCCUGGACAAGGACUUUGGGGACAUGCACACCCUGGUGAAGAGCUGUCGCAGGCUGGAUGAAGAGCAGGCCUGCAGGCUGUUCAGGCAGGUGGCUGUGGCUGUGGCACACUGCCACCAGAACGGCAUCGUUUUGGGUGACCUCAAACUGAGAAAGUUUGUCUUCUCUGAUGAAAAAAGGUGAGGAAUAAAGUAGGGCUGGGAAGAUAUGCUUUUCUCCCGAUUCGAUUUAGUCUGCAUUUUUUACACCAAUGAAACAGUUGAAAGAUUAUGAUUGUCUACUGACUAUUCCAGGAAUCAUAUUUCCCCCAAAAUUAAACAUCACAUGUAAGUCAAAUUUUAAGACAUAUUCUUACAUUCGAAUAAAAAAUUCAAUUUAAAAAUUGCAAAACAAAGAAUUGUGAUACUGAGGUGAAUCGAUUUUUUCUUCCACCCCUAGAUGUCAAAUGUUUGUGCACAGAGUCAGACAACACUAAAAGUUAAAUCAGCCAAUUUUAGCCCGUUUGAGACUAAUCGGUAAUCGGCCAAAACUCGCCGAUUUUCGCCAAUAUUUUCAGAAAUAAAAUGCGGGGAACAAGAUUCGGUUUCACUUCGGAAAUGUUCCGCCAUUUGACAAGUUCCCUGACUUAUCCUGUAGAUGGCACAGCGACCUCAUGACAAUGUCCAUCACUAACUACCUCACAGCACAGCACAGCACAAUGACGGUAGUUGAAAACGCUUUCCUGGUCCGAGUUUGAUCAGGUGGUCUUCCUGUCAGUGUGAAGAGCAGUAGCCUACAGUACACCUACAGUAUGUAGUAUGCUUUAGAUAUCUACAGUAUAUACAUAUAUAUAUCUAUAUAUAUAUAUAUAUAUAUAUAUAUUUUAUAACUUCAUAAAAAAAACGUAUCGGUCGGGCCCUACUCAUUACAUUCACACAGCGGCUAUUUGAAACCAAACAAUGCUGUCCCAGAUCGUGGGUUGCUUGAAUGUAGGGUAGGCGACCUGAUAAGUGCUAUUACAUUAUCUCUGCAGAUAAAUAAACAAGUAAACAGAUAACUGACAAAGAAACUGGGUAGAAAUCUGUCCACAGUUCAAAGAAAAACAAGCUCAAAACAAGCAAACACCAACACUUUCCAAACGUCAUGUCAGCUAAUAACCUUAGCUAGCAGCAACGAGUUAGCGGUUUGCUCCAGGCUAACUUUACGCGAGGUUGGAGUUUAAGCAUUUGCUGUUGUGCAGUGUUAAACUACCAAACAGUAAUGAUAAUUUUAAGCAACUUUCUAGGAAGCAGUGAUAUGCAGGAGGUCUAGUAGAUGACAAGAUGUAAGAAAGGCUUAAAGAAUUCAAAUGUGAAGGGCGAACAUCCUUGAACAACUUUGUGACAGUAUUUAAGCAUCUUCAAAUGAGCACCAUGCGAAUAUGUUCACUUAUGCUCUCAUCUAUUUAUCUAAAUCAACUCAUCUUCAUCCAGUUAACUUUAUUUGGAUGCACUUAGACUUCAAUGCAGUGCAAUGGGACGUGCCAGUAAAAGCAAACAUGGCAGCAGCUAAUACACACAGGCCAUGUGUGCAGAUAUCCAUGUGGGCACAGAUAGAGUAGGAGGUUCUGUACUUGUGGAGGCAGACGGCAUCGCUUCCCAGAUUUUCGCCCUCUCUGUCUGUCUCCCUUUCUCACUCUCGGUGUGUCUUUUUGUACGAGUGUUUUGUGUGUCCUUUCUGCAUGUGUGAGUGUGUGUGUGUGUGAAUGUAGUGGGUGGUAGUUUGGCAGAGCUGCGAGACGAGGCUGGUGAAUGAGACAAUCAGCCCCCUUCUGCGGUCUAUAGCUUAGAAUACAUUUAUUACUCAUUAUUUAUUGAUAAAUUACAUCAUAAGUGAGCUGCAGAUGCUUCCAACAAGGAUUCAUUCAGAUACACUUUCAUACAUGAGGGAGGAAUUCAAAACGCUUUUUUUUUUUUUGCUUUGAACCGGCUCCCACACACACACACAUAUACACGCGCCUCAGUGUCUGCAUUACUUACUGACUGCUGCAUACUGUUGAGGAAGAUACAAAAACCUCUGCUUACAAAACUAUUUGUCGCCUCUUUGCCCUUGCGUCACUCCCUUUCCUGUAAGAGACUGCUGAUGCCACACAACAACUCCCCCCCUCGUCUCCUCUCCUCCUCUCCAGUCUGUACCGAGAAAGCUUUUUUUUUUUUAAUGGAGACUUUCAACAGUAACAUUCCCCAGCCGUGACCUCUGGCUUCGCAGGGUCACACUAGAUGAAUGAGAGCAGACAGGCAGUGAGAGAAGUUGAAGUUGGUUGUGUCCCUCUGAUAGCUAUACGGCUGCAGAGCGAUGAGUCACUGUGUAUAUGUGCAGAGGGGAAGAGGAGGGAGAGGUGGAGAGGGGGGGGAGGCUGCAUAGCUCAUUUUCUUACUUUGUGUUCGUGUGUGUCUGUGCAUGCAUGUUUGUAUAUGCGGUAAGCGCACAUCCAGAUGUAAAUGUCCAAUUGUAUGCAAGCUUGGAUACCAUGGCGACAGCAUAGCAACACUGAUGCAGUUGGAUUGACCCAUUUGACCCUGGAGUUGCGAGGUGUCAGAGUUGUUUUUACACUUACUUCUCUGCAAAGAUAACGUAGUUCCUCUACAGUGAUGUGCGUGUGAAAGCGGAUAUUCAAAUUGUUGUGAUGCGGAGUUACUGACCAUGUGACAUCAUGGAACGGGCUUUUUCAUGUCCACAAAAUGCGCGUAUGUUUGACACACAUCAACACAAGUCUUCUUGUAAUGUCUCCCGACUCGGCGUGACCUCAUUUAUCUCGUCACACAUUCUUUCAAAUUCACAAUCAGACGUCUUUUCAAGCCCCGACAAUCGCGCUGUGAUGCAACGUCCCAGCCCCGACAAAGCGGGGCUCGAGCCAGAGAGUGAGAAAGUCACAACAAUUUGACAAAUGCUGUCUCCAUUUAAACACACAUACACAUACACACACACAGGCAGUGCAGUUGGAAAAGCCAGUUUAGGGAAGGUGACUAGCACUAUGAAGCAUGCAGAGCUUCACUGCUGGGCCAGCCUUCCCGUGCGUCACUGAUGUGGCAACAGCCAUUUGAGGGUAAUUAUGGGAUGGCUGGCGCCGCGAGUGUGGGACCCAGGUGCAGAUAGCCUCGGCUCGAGAAAGAGAGAGAGAGAGAGAGACGAGAUAUGUACUCUCAACAGAAGGAUGAGUCACUCUCUCCACCCCACUAACUCUCUCUGUUCUGUUUCCUUUUCUGUCUCCAGCGCUCCACUUCUCCUCUCCUGACUUAUCUCCUCCACUAUCUCAGUGUUUAAAUAUCUGUUGCUUUUUUUACCUCCGCCUUUCUUCUGUCUGUCACUCCUUUUCAUCCGCCUGUCUCCUGGGCUGUCGACUUCUCUCUCACGUCUCUCCGCCUGAGUGAAGAGAGUUGACCCUCUAAAUGUGACGUAAAGCGGUGAGGAAAGCCUCAAUCGCCGUGUUAGCUGUGAGCGCGGAUCUCAAGAGGCACAAAUGAAAUUUUAAUUAAAAACAAAGCACAUCUGCUGCUGCGGAAAACUAACAAGUCUUGAAAUUAUUUAGUGAUAUUUUUCCCGUCAUAUGCUGUUUAAUCUUUCUCCUGUCAAUCAUUACACUCAUAAAUGUCUCAUAUUUUCCUCCAGAUAAACACUCACAGUCGUAGCCGCUCUGCUAAUGUAUGUCCUGUCAUUAAUGUGGCUAAAUAUAGCAUACUGUGUGUGGAGGGGGGGGUUGUAGUUGUAUAUUAAUGCAUGUGUUUAUGAGACCAUGUGUGUGUGCCAGGAAGUCUCUUUUUUGCUUAGCCAGCUUCUCGAGUGGGUUUUCAGUGUUGUGCACAUGGGUCACAGUAUGAUCACUGGUGUCUGGUGUUUUUUUAUGUGUGUGUUGUAUCUAUCUGUAUGUGUACGAGUGUGUGCUUCUGUCCAUCUGUCAGCUUAAGGCCAAGGGAAGGAUGCUUGUUUUUUCCAUGAUGCAAUCAGUGUCUUACAUAUAACAGAUCCCUGAAAUGUUUGACAGUGUUAAACAAAGCCGCGGUCAGAAAUAGACUCACAUGCACAUGCACACACACACAUACACACAUGCAAAAACAGUGGUGUACUUGUGCCUUAAAUAUUCUUGUACAUGGGAAUGCUGAGAACAUCAUUUCCGACAAGAGCAUGACAUUCGGCUAGAAAUACUGUAUGCUUGUGUAACACCGGUGAAGACGGCGAGAUGAACACGGAGUUCUGAGGUUUUGCAAGAAUCUGCAGUAACUUUCUGCGUAACCCCCAAUUUCCACCACAUCCGGAAUGACGACGAAAAGGCUGUAUCCGCUGAUCGUAGCCAUUCAAGUUAAUGAGUCAAUUUCCACCGGACAAGUGUAAGGUUUAUCGACAGCAUUUCAUCCCAAUGACACCAUGGAUGAGAGUAUGCUGAUUUUAGAAGUGUAGAAGUGGAUUUCCUCCUCUGGAAGGAAACAAUCUACUGCUUAUAUGGUUAGCCUAUGUGGCUAAAGACUUGUUAUCGCGCGAUUGCACGUGAAUCCGCGGGUUCUUGUGAGUUCUCACGAUUCGUUCUGUCGGUAAUCCACUACGAAAUUCCCCUGACAAACAGGUCCAGUAGGAAUUGGCGUACGGUGAAAAUCGCCGCUGUUCCAGUGGAAAUCCCGGGUUUGAUAACAAAUGAUGUCAUAGCCAUCAGAUCAAAGUCUGUGCUCACUAACUUUACAACAGCAGGCUUGUUCUUUAAGAGAAAUCUCAAAUGUUUCACCAAAGCAAACGUGUACACACUGCACAGAGUGUUUCCUGUCCUGACCAUAUUUUGACUUUUUCUUCACAGAACACACGUGAGACUAGAAAGUCUCGAGGACUGCCGCGUCCUGGAAGACCCAAAUGACGACUCCAUGUCGGACACCCACGGCUGCCCGGCUUACGUCAGCCCAGAGAUCCUCAGCAGCUCCGCGCCUUACUCCGGCAAGAUGGCCGACAUGUGGAGCCUGGGAGUCAUGCUUUACACCAUGCUCGUCGGCCGCUACCCGUUCCACGACCCCGACCCGGCGACACUGUUUUCCAAAAUCCGCAGAGGCCAGUGCUGCUUGCCAGAGGGCCUCUCUCCCAAAGCCAAGUGUCUGCUCCAGAGCCUGCUGAGGAAAGAACCCUGGGAGAGACUCACGGUCACCGAGCUGCUCGCUCACCCGUGGUUCCACCAGCCGCCGUCCUCACAGGAAGUGGUGCUGGGUGAACAGGAAGUGAGCUCGGCGGAACAGAUGGUGCCGUCCUUUGACGUGGAAGAGGACGAUGAUCUGUUCUGCUGACGGACUUGAAUCAGCUGAGUCUGGCUGAGGGACCAAAACAGGAAAUGCUAUGAGGGAUUCAUUGUGUUUUUCUUUUUUACAUUGGCACUUUUUAGAAAUCCAUUUGUGUACUGUGGAGUGUACAUACACCCUCAAGCUUUCUACAAAUCCUACUGUACUGUAUUUGUCGUCAUAUAUGUGUUACUCUCUAAGGGCAUUGUUCACAAUGAUCAUUCAUUGUGUUUCUUUAUGUGCAUUUUUGAAAUCAUUUGGUGCUAAGAUAAAUAACAAAGACUCAGAUUUUGCCGGAUUAUGUUAUCAGAUGAAUCUCUACGGGCUGCUAUGAGCACAUACCAGAUAGUUUACUCAUGGCAUACAGUCGUCAAUAUGCUAGCUCUCAGCCUGGACUUUUCAGAAAGCAUUACAAGACUCUUGAACAGGGGAGGAGGAGACGGGGAUGUUGCUCCUCUCACUCUCUGACCAGGCUGCAGGCUUCACCGGCUGACUCACCGACACACGGGCUCGAGGAAGGCCGAGCACAAGCUGGAAGUCUGGCAGCAGGCGGUGUCAUCGAGUGAGAAAGAUGGUUAGCAAAGGACUGAUGUGUCACACUCAGCAGGGACGCUACCAAGAUGUUUCGCUGCCAAUCUGGCAACUACUCAACAUUUACAAAUCACACACCAUGCGCAGAAGGUUUGAGAGAUGCAGGGUGUUACUGGUGUGAGACUCUCUCAGAAAAGAGAGAGUUUAUCAUACACACACGCUCAACAAUAAGCAGCGACAAUGAGCUAACACGCCAAAAGAGUGAAGUACAUUUCCAAUGUCUUGUUUUUGACAGUUUUAAUCUAAAGAAAAGUAAUAUGCUGCCAGCUUAAUAUCAUUUAGAGGUUGCAUCUGAACAGGAAGUGACUUUUUAUUUUGCGAAUAUGGCAGUCAUCAGUCUGUUUUGGCUCUUGUGCAAUUUGCAAAGUCUGAAGAACUCCAAGAAAUAAAUAGUCCUUGCUAGAUAGAGAUGCAAUAAGAAAUAACUCACUAGCCAACAGUUUUAUUCAUUUCUGAGGAGAUGAGUAAUAGAAAUCCAGUCAAGAAACUAUCCAAUGAGAGAGAGAAACAUAAGAGAAGAUGAAGACUUUAAGUUGUGCAGUCGAGGUUGUUUUUUUUUUCUCUUUUUUCCUGUUGGAACAUCAUGUCAAGCUGUGUUGCUCUAACAAAGCCGAGCUGUGCUUAGUGUUGUGCCCGUAUCACUGUGUUUCAUAAACUGAGCGGCUCUGAAUCAGUUGCAGUCAGGCGAUAUUUGAUGUUGGUUGUCUGAUGAUGACUCAACACUUGAGCGUGUCUGUGGAGAAUGGUCCUGACCUUGGCUGGAAGAAUCUGUUCUGACUGUUUCCUCUUUUUAAUGGUACUUUUUUAUUUCCUGUCUUUAUUUAAUUUUUUUUUUCUCUUCUGGCUGCUGAAAGCUGUUGAUCCAUGGAGACUAGUCAUCAUAGUUGGUGACAUGAUGUACCGCGUUCUUAAAGAUGUUUCAUCUUUGAUAGUGCCAUGUGCAUGAAGCAGCAGUCAGCCUUACAGUUUUGCAGCCAGCUCUCUCAUUCUGGCGCUUUCGUUUCGACAGCGGUACCAAAUCUGGCAAAUCUGAGAAGCUCGUUUUCCUAAUUUUUCGGUCGUGAAGAAGGUUGAUAAAACGUCUGUUGCCGUUCAUUAAUUAUUUCUCUCAUCUGCUUUACAAACCAGAUGGGACCAGAUUUGCGACGAUCUGGAUUGUUCCUUGUAGAAAAGUAAUUUAAUGGUUUCGUUUCUGCUUCAUACAUGUAAAGUGAGUCACACAUUCAUGUGACAUGUAGAGUAAACUGACACGGGUGCACGAACUUCAUAUUGCACUGUGAAUUAUGUAUUUGUGACACAACCUAAAAGGCUGUUAAAGGUCCCAACAGGUUACACACGAGAUGUAUUCAUUGUACAAAAGAUGUAAAUAUGUAUAUUUGAAAUAUGUGUGGAAAUGUUAAAUAAAGAUCACAUUUUUUCAUACUCGCA